AAAAUCGUUCAUGCACAGUGUGAAUAUCUGUUCAAGGUGUCCUGUCGCAGUCUUGUCGCAAUAUCCAGCUGGAGAGUGACGUAUUACCAGGUUAGAAUGAUUAAUGUUUGAAAUUUAAUGUGUAAGAAAACAAUUAUUGAGUGGAAGAAUACGUGUUGGUAUACAAAAAGGCAUCCAAAUUGGCGUUUAUCCGUCUGUCCUGCAUUUUCUAGUACCUGCAUCCUAGAACCCGACUAGAAUAGACGGACAGGCCACCGGAUCGUAGGAAUUUGUAACAGUAGGGACAAUCAAUAUGGGGACCGCAGUACUACGUCAUGCAUUUGUUGGGUCAGUGACAGAAUUACUCCGCGCCAAAUAUGGAUUGAUUGUGACGUCACAGCGCCAACUUGAUGGCUAUGUAGAUGUGAAUGUUUGGGUUGACGUUUCUGAUGUAAUCACCAACCCGCACAUUAAUGAACGACAUCAUGAUGGAUAUGUUGUCAAACUUAUCAACGAAAAUGACUCCCAAAGACCUCCUCUACUAGAUGCUAGACAGCGGUUAAUGUUGUACGUCAAUAAGGCAGGUAUUCCGGCACCACUUCCGGUUAGAACCAUUACCGGAUGUUAUACAAGCUCAGUGGAACUUGUCACGAAAGGUGACGUCAUAAAACGGCAAAUUGUAGUUAUGUCUUUCUUUCGGGGAAUUGUACUGUCUGACCUCUCCAUGACCCCAGAUGUGCUACAAGAAUUGGGGAGAAUUACGGGAAAAUUAAACAUCUGCAUGCAGGGUGAUAACUCUUUGGCUAAUCUUCAGACGUUUCCUGACAUUACGUCUCUGGAAUAUGACAGUGUGUGGAAGGUUUGUGAAUGUGGACAGCUCCUUAGCCUGGUGGAACACGCUCCUGGUGAAAAACUAAGAACCAUGUCCAUUAGUAUCAUCACGGAAUUCAACUCAAAAGUUGUCCCUAAUCUACAGACGUAUCAGACAGGGUUAAUCCACCACGAUGUUGGACCACAAAACAUCGUUAUGAGACAAGACAUGGACCAAAGAUGGAAAAUGGCGGCCAUUUUGGAUUUCGGUGAUGUCUGUUCUUCGUGUUAUGUAUUUGAGGUAGCCAUUUUGCUUUCAAACAUUUUCAUGAAUGAAUUUUCAAGAUCAAUGACGACCUCUGAAAUGGCGCUGACUCGGGACACGGUAUUUGAUUCCUAUACGGCAGUGAAGCCAUUGUCGACAAAUGAAAAAGAAGUUGUUGACAUUUGUGUUGAAGCACGUAUUUUACAAUGUUGUCUUCUUGGAGAAAAAACGCGGGAAACAGACCCAGGAAACGACUACAUUGGGGACUAUAUUUGCUGGGAGUUGUUAGAAAGCUUGUGUAAUACUUGCCGGGAUUAAAAGGAAACGGGAUAUUUUAUUUAGCUAUCAUUACAUUUCUACAUGUCAAUAUACUUACGUUUAUGUAAGCAAUCAUUACUUCAUUAUCAGUAAAGGUUAAUUUGAGCUUACAAAAUUUGAACUAAAACUGAUCUGAAAUUACGGUAAAAUUCAUAUGAAGUUCAUUUGGGUCAAUAUCAUGUCAAAUUCGGGUAAUUAUUCAGCUGAAACCUGUGCUUAUGACAGGUCAAUUAAUUUACGUUCCCUGUGUAUGAAAAUUACAUCAAAACAAAUGACAGUGAUGAUACUCUCAUUUGUCCUCAUAAAUCAUCAGCUAAGGCAGCAUAUUGUGAUGUAAUGUAAGAGAUAAUAUUCAGAUAUGUGCCUCAUGUUUCCUUAUCAAUGUUGGUUCUCUUCAUUAUACUUUUUUCACAAGUCCCCAUAUUUUCCUUUGUAUCGAAACACAACGUUUCUUUUAAAAAGAUAAGACAGAAAUUCCAUCAAUAAGUAUUCCAUUUCUUUAUAUUCCAAAAUAAACGUUAAUUGAAUAUCUUGCUGAUAUUUAUCAGUGAUGC